AUGGCUUUCCGACUGGUUGAUCGAGCUGAAGGCAUGGGCUCAAAUCCCACAUUGAGUUACAGGACCUCUCUCAUCGUCAUCGUCUUCCUCGCACUCGCCGUCUCUCAUUCUCUUGAGGUCUUCGUCAGAAUCUUCCGUCGAUUCCGCUCAUAUCGCGGGGUCUACUUCUACGCGCUGAUCGCAGCCUCUCUCGGUAUCAUUAUACACGCCUUCGGCUACUUCAUCCGCAACUAUAAUGUAUGCGACUCAAUUCCACUGGAGAUCACCAUGGCGUGCGGCGGGGGCAUACUCAUGAUUACUGGCCAAUCUAUCGUACUCUGGUCGCGGCUGCAUCUCAUCAGCUCAGGGAAGACGGACAAAUGGUUGCUAUACAUGAUCAUCGCGGACUGCAUUGUCGUGCAAGGAGGAGCAACUACGCUUAUGACUGGAUCCAGUCUGGCGAAACCUGGAAAGUGGCUCCAGAUCUACGAGAAGUGGGAAAUAUUCCAGGUUACGUGGUUUGUCUUUCAAGAGUGUGUCAUCAGCGGGCUAUACAUCUAUCGCACCUUCAUACUCAUGCGCAGCUCGGCUGCGUUCAGAGGCCCAGAUGCGAAGCGCCUCUUCAAUCAUCUUAUCGCCGUGAAUUCGGUUGUCAUCGCGCUCGACGUUACUAUCCUCGCUUUCCAAUAUGCUGGUCUUUAUGAGGUUCAGACAAGCUGGAAAACACUCGCCUACGCCAUCAAGCUGAAACUCGAGUUCGACAUCCUCAAUCAACUUGUCGACUUCACGACGCAGGGCUUUAACGCGCAGGCCGGUUCGCGUCACAUCUCUGGAAUAAGCGACGGGCGUGGGAUUACGAAGGAUGGUUUAGGAGAAAACGCGCGCGGUUCACGAUUCGGCCCCUCGACGUAUGCGCGUGUGGACGAGGAUGGAACAACUGCGUUGCCAAUGGGAAAUGUAGUGAUGACUACAGAGAUACGGAUCAGUAUCGAGCAGGAUGCUAUCAGUGAAAGAAGUACACAAGCACUGCGCGACAGGAACGGUUCGAUGGCUUGA